GCUUAGCAACAGGAGGCUAACCUUUGGAAGCCCGUUGCAGCACCGGCCAAGGUCCUGCCCUCUUCCCGCCCCUCCCCUCCCCUCAACUCCCUUCACCUGGGAGCUGCCAAACAUCUCCAUCAGCUGGGCACUAGGAAGGGUUGAAUUUCUACCAUUACCGCGCCUUUUUACAUUUUCCCCCCGACCUCACGUCCGUAAAACCCACUGAUUUUUUUACUACACGUUUUAUGAGAACAAGACAUUUUCUAGGAAGAUGGUGGCAGAAAAAGAGACCCUGAGCUUAAACAAAUGCCCAGACAAGAUGCCGAAGAGGAGGACCAAGCUGCAGGCGCAGCAGCCGCUCCUGGCGCACCAGCCUCACUCCCUGGUUUCUGAGGGCUUCACAGUCAAAGCCAUGAUGAAAAACUCAGUCGUGAAAGGCCCGCCCACGGCAGGUGCAUUUAAGGAGAGACCGACCAAGCCCACAGCCUUCCGGAAAUUUUACGAGCGCGGAGACUUCCCCAUCGCCCUUGAGCAUGACUCGAAAGGGAACAAGAUCGCGUGGAAGGUGGAGAUCGAGAAGCUGGACUACCACCACUACCUGCCCCUGUUUUUCGACGGGCUCUGCGAGAUGACCUUUCCCUACGAGUUCUUCGCGCGGCAGGGCAUCCACGACAUGCUGGAGCACGGCGGGAGCAAGAUCCUCCCCGUCAUCCCGCAGCUCAUCAUCCCCAUCAAAAAUGCCCUGAACCUCCGGAACCGGCAGGUCAUCUGUGUGACGCUCAAGGUCCUGCAGCACCUGGUGGUGUCAGCGGACAUGGUGGGCGAGGCCCUGGUGCCCUACUACCGUCAGAUCCUCCCCAUCAUGAACAUCUUUAAGAACAUGAACCGUGAGUGAC